GUGAAGAUCCCAAAUAUUAUAUAAAUACAGAACUCUAGGUAUGUGCUAUGUUGGUGGAUCAGAAAAGAUUCAAGGUCAUAGAUGAGUUUACUUUAUUAAUGGGUGGAUGAGUCUCCCCUAUCAAUAACAAUUAACAAGACUAGAAAAAGAUGGACUUUAUUGGUUCAGACAAGGGUUGAUCAGGUGUAAACUCUGGAUAUGCAUAUAGAAGUUAGGGACACUAGAGAUUUUAAAAAUGCCAAAGUAGAACUUUAAUUUUUAAUAGCAUAAGGGAGCAAUGCUUAAAAGGAGUAAUGAGCUUUAUUUUGAACAUCAAAUCAAAUAACAUGCUCCGAUUCUACAAAUGCCCGAGAGAAAGAUAUAAUCAUUAUGCAUGUACAAGCUCUAAUAACAAUAUUUCUCUAAGAAAAAUAUGCAUUAAGUUUCUCAUAUAAAAAAUCACUGGAGCACUAAAUUUUUCUACUCCUCACCUUGAGUAUUCUUCUGAACCUGCAUUGUUGGAUCAGUUUUUUUAAGAGAAAGCCUAUCUAGAUUUCAAGAAACCUAUGACUCAAUAAUCCAUUUGACUCCUUUUCAAUUCUCCACGCACCUGCAUCAAAAUAGAAUUUGGUCUGGAACAAUGGGUUUCAAUGUGCAGUUUCCAUCCACUAUUGUUAUUCUCUAAUUCAAUCAAAUAAUUUCUAUUACAAGAAACAACAUAUUAUAAAAUGAAAAAGCCUUAUAGAAAUAAAGUUCUCCUUUGAUUGUCUUCAAAUAAAUCGCAAUGUAUAAUCUAGUCAAAAAAGUGAAAAGAAGAUUAAAAGGGUGGUGUUUGAACUUUAUCUUCAAAAAAAUAUACAACCAGGGGAUACAUAUAUAGUGUGAUUUUCCAGAUUUCACUUCAUAACAAAACUAUGAAGUUUUAUCUCUAAUUCUACAAAGUAUUUUACAUACAACAAAAUCAAAGCUGAUAACCACUGAUGAACUAAUAAAGUUUUCCCAUAACACAAACUAAACUAUAUAUAGAGUGAUUUUCUAGAUUUCACUUCAUAACAAAACUUUGAAGUUUUAACUCUAAUUUUACAGAGUAUUUGACAUACAACAAAAUCAAAGCUAACCACUUAUGAGCUAAUAAAGUUUUCCCACAACACAAUUAAAACUAAACUAUAUAUCAUCCAUCUAAGUUACUAUGUAUAUAAGACUAACAACAAUUUAGAACCUAAAUCUGUAUACCAAUCCAAACAAAUUCAAAAUAAAAAUUAUCAAAAUCAAACUACUAAAUUGCUUUUAAGAUUAAUAGAAAAUAAUUUAAAUCCCUAAACUCAAAAUUAUAUUGAAUCCCUAAACUCAAAAAUCUAAAUCCACAUUCAAGACCUAAAAAAUCCGUUAACUUAAAAUUAAAAAGAAAUAAAAUCCCUCAAAAAAAUCAAAAUCAAGACAUAAAUGGAAAAACAAGACAAAAACGCCGCCUACCUCAACCAAGUGUUGUUCACUUUCUGUUCUUGUCGCCUAUUUUGGAGCGAUGCUCGUUGCUUCAGGAGUUGAGGACAGUGAGGCGACAAGAUGAGCUCGAAAGUGAGAGAAAGAGUCAUAAAAUUAAAGAGAUGAGGGAGUAAAUGAGGUUAAAAACCAAGCAUUGUUUAAAUAAAUAGUGAUAAUGAUAUCUGCUGGGAGAAGUGCUUGACAAAAACAUCUUGGAUAAACCUAUAUGUAACCCAUGUUUUAUACCCCACUUUGUAUCCCGCAGUUUCAAUCUUUCCACAAUUCAAAUCAUGUCGGAGAUGGAAAUUGUCCCUCUUGAAAACGUUAACCCCCAACUCAUCCUAAAUGCCUACACACAUGCCAACGUCAUUAAGGGACGUGUUCUCAAGCGUGAGGACAUCCCGGAUGCCGUUCUUGCUCUAGUCGACGAGCAAGGUUGGACCAAUUUUCUCGAACUCGAAGCCCCGGUCUACCCGGACUUGGUAUUCAACUUCUAUGACUCUCUUAAGUAUGCCCGAAAAUCAAACGUCAUCAUGUCCAAAGUUGCGGGUGUUGGUGUUAGCAUCUCCGUUCAACACCUCGCCGAUUGGUUCCGUCUCCCUCUUGAAGGUCUAACAACCUAUACCAAGAAGGAAUGGAUGGCCGAAUUCGACUCCUUCUCCGUUGAAGAGUGCCUCACGUUUCUAACCCCCAAUCCAGAAGCUGGGCAUACACCCUUACACCGUCCGGAAGUCUAAUGCCUAAGAGCAAAUAUUAUCAUUCUUCUAAAAAUCAUUCGAGAAAACUAAUUUCCCAUCGUCAAUAAAGACAAACUUGUUGG